CUCCCCUUUAACCUGUGGCAGCAGUAGCAGCAUUCUUGAUCCAUGACAGUGAAACAGCAAGUGCUUGGUGUCCAUAAGUCUGUGGUAUUCAUCUGGAGGAUUCACCAUCCACAGUAAACUACCAGAUGCGAAGAGACUAUUAUGAGGAAGCCAUUAGAGACUCUGGACCCUGCGAGGAAUCGGGGAGUACAUUGUUCCUGUCAGGUUUAAGUAGAGCGGGCGUGUAACCAUGUCCGGCACUCCAUAGAUUUCAUACCACCGGACCCCCCAAACUGCCCGUCAAACAUGGAUCCCACGUUCCACAGCAUCAAACUGGGGUCAAAUCGCACCCCUCUGAAGCGUCACCGAGUACAGCAUGUCAGGAGGAAACUACGUCCUUCACGGAUUUUUGGUUUUAUCCUGAGCAUCUCCGUCCUCACGUUGUUCCUGUCUUGGAGUGCCUUUACUUUCACUUUGGGCUCAUUCCCAAGAUGGACGCCACUCACCUCUCUCACCAACCAUGAGGGACUUGCAGAGCCAGUGCCACACAGAACUGUCCUAUCUUCCAACGAAGAGCACAACAUUUCGGCAGAUUCACCCAUCGCUAUGGCCUCGUCCGGUGAGCACAGCCAGGGAGAUUACCCUGAGGAUCUGUUCACACUGGAGGAGAGGAGGCAAGGUGCAGUCGUGCUGCAUAUGUUCGGCAUGAUGUACAUGUUCAUCGCCCUCGCUAUCGUCUGCGACGAGUUUUUCGUCCCCGCUCUCACUGUAAUCACAGAAAAACUCGAAAUCUCAGAUGAUGUGGCGGGCGCCACCUUCAUGGCCGCUGGAGGCUCCGCUCCCGAGCUCUUCACUUCUGUGAUCGGUGUGUUCAUCUCACACAGCAAUGUUGGCAUCGGGACCAUCGUGGGUUCUGCUGUCUUCAACAUCUUGUUUGUGAUCGGGAUGUGCGCUCUCUUUUCACGUGAGAUUCUCAACCUCACCUGGUGGCCUCUGUUUAGAGAUGUCACCUUUUAUAUCAUUGGACUAAUUAUGCUCAUCGUCUUCUUCCUGGAUAACUAUAUCACCUAUGUUGAGAGCGUUGGACUGCUACUCUGUUACGCUAGCUACGUCACUUUUAUGAAGUAUAACGUGACUGUAGAGAAUAUAAUCAAGACUACAUUGCUUAGGAAUCAAGUGGACGACAUUGAAGCUCCUCCUAAGGUUGUCAGUGCAGCAGAUGAUGAAAAUAAACUCUCAGCUAAACCCCGCCUCCAGAGAGGAGGAAGCUCCGCCUCCCUCCAUAACACCCUCAUGAGAAACAGCAUCUUCCAGCUAAUGAUUCACACACUGGAUCCUCUCAGUGAAGGGAAGUUCAAGGAGAAGGCAUCGAUUCUACACAAGAUUGCAAGAAAAAAGGGACAAGAUGAGGCAAAUGGUGUUGUCGACAAGAAUCUUCCCAACAGUAGCAAUGUGGAGGUAGAAGUCACUCCGCCCAUGAAUGGUAGUGUUGGAGCUGAGGGUGAGGAGGAGGAAGAUGAGGACCAGCCUCUGAGCUUGGCAUGGCCAGACACACCGAGGAAGCAGGCAACAUACCUCUUCAUCUUUCCCAUCGUCUUUCCAUUGUGGCUGUCGCUGCCAGAUGUCCGCAGAGAAACGUCAAAAAAGUUCUUUCCGCUCACAUUUCUGGGAUCGAUCUCUUGGAUUGCUGUUUUCUCAUACCUGAUGGUAUGGUGGGCUCAUCAGGUUGGUGAGACUAUUGGAAUCACAGAGGAGAUCAUGGGUUUGACUAUUCUAGCAGCUGGUACCUCCAUUCCUGAUCUCAUCACCAGUGUUAUUGUCGCCCGGAAGGGUCUCGGCGACAUGGCCGUCUCCAGCUCAGUCGGCUCCAACAUAUUUGACAUCACUGUGGGCCUGCCUUUUCCAUGGCUGCUCUUUUCACUCCUGAACGAACUGACUCCAGUGGCCGUCAGCAGCAAUGGCCUGUUCUGCGCCAUCGUUCUGCUCUUCCUCAUGCUUCUCUUCGUCAUUAUCUCCAUCGCUGUGUGCAAGUGGAGGAUGAGCAAGCUGCUGGGUUUCCUCAUGUUCCUGCUCUACUUUGUGUUCCUGGUGGUCAGCGUAAUGCUGGAGGACAAGAUCCUCAUCUGCCCGGUCUCCAUUUGAUUCCUUUGCCAUGCCAGGAUUGUUCUUUUUCUGGGAACAGACCCUUAUUUAUUGCUCCAAAGGCACUCCCGAAUGAUAACGUGGGAGCUUGACCGCAGCUGCGCUGUGGCGCUGCAUCUUUAUAUCCGCCGAAGUCUGAGUAGCAGGGCUUUCCAAGCAGUAGUUUGUUAUGGGAAAGUAGUGCAAUAUUCUGCAUGCACUCUCCAAAGCAGUACAUAGAGACUUGAUGUACUGUAGAUCUUAGUCAUUUUUAAUAUGAAAAGGAUGGACUAUUUAAUAUGAAGAGCAAGGAGACACAACAUCGGAUGAGCAGGCGAACGUCUACGGGGAAUGUCUACAGACUCAGGAAAGGACCUUUGGUGCAAAUAUGAAAUAAUUCAUGAAUCAAGAUCCUGGUACUGUGCUUUAAAGAUCAUGAUAUCAUAAGCCUUGUGUUGCACAAUAACUUUAAAAGGAGGAGGAAACAAAGCUCCAUAUUUGCUUUGUCUGAACGCUGGUCCUUUCUGAUUGUUACUUGAGCAUUUUCAUUCUGAGUAUAUCAUAUCAUUUAUUGAAUAGACUUGUAGACAUAGUCUUCAGACGUCUAUUCUCAGCAAAAAAUAUUUAGGACUGGAAUUUAAGAAUUGUUUUUGAGUUGCAUAUUAAAAUUUCUGUCCUUUUGGAUUAUAAAGGUAAAAUACUAAAGUUAAUGUGAUGCAUAUGAGGGUUUUUAUAGUUAACUAAAACAACUACUUAAACGUUAACAGAAAUAAAAUAUAAAAAGCAUAUUUCUUUCAGCUAGCUUUUUCUCAUUUUCAUUUAACUUAAUAUACUAAAGUACCUGAGACUAAAAUUUAAAUAAAAAUGUAACAAUUAUAUAGACUUAAAAAACACAACAAAAUUACUAAAACUUCAAAAAUGAUAUAAACAAUAAAUAAUAAUAAAUAAUUAAUAAAUAAUUUUACAUUUAAUUAACUUUUUUGAUGAAUUAAUUAAUAUAUAUGAAUUUAUAUAAGGGUUAUAUAUUUAUCAAUCAAUCCCAUUUUGAAUAUUGCUGAAUAUUCCUUUUAUAUUUAAACCAUUUCCAUACUUAGGUCAACUGAAUUUGAGUAAGUGCAUUUUAAAAAUGGUUAUACAAAAAGUGCAAAUAUUUAAUAAUAGCUAUGCAAUUUUUUAUUAUUUUUUUUAAUGCAGAAAUCUAACCUGUUUCGUUCAUUUAUGUAUGACUGACAAAUGUGAUCCUGGACCACAAAACCAGUCUUAAGUAGCACGGGUAUAUUUGUAGCAAUAACCAACAAUACAUUGUAUGGGUCAAAAUUAUUAAUUUUUCUUUUAUGCCAAAAAUCAUUAGGAUAUUAAGUAAAGAUCAUGUUUCAUUAAGAUAUUUUGUAAAAUUCCUAACAUAAAUGUAUCAAAACAUUUUUGAUUAGUAAUAUGCAUUGCUAAGAACUUCAUUUGGACAAAUUUAAAGGUAAUUUUUUUUUUUUUUUUUUUUUUGCACCCUCAGAUUUCAGAUUAUCAGAUAGUUGUAUCUCGGCCAAAUAUUCCUAUCCUAACAAAACAUACAUCAAUGGAAAGCUUAUUUUUUCAGCUUUUAGAUGAUGUAUAAAUCUCAAUUUCAAAAAAAAAAUGUACCCCCAUGACUGGUUUUGUGGUCCAGGGUCACAAAUAUGCAUUACAGUAAGAUUAAUAGUUUAUGUUAACACUGUGUAAUCCAAAUGGAUGGAAAUGUUAUAUGCAAUUUAAAUGCAUAAAUCUUAAAUUUAGCCCCAGUAUUUUUUUAAAUGUAGAACUGCAGAUAAUCAGUAUCCAACUCAAAGAUUUGGAGCGCUCGUUGUACUACUGAAUAUAAUUAACCACAUUAUGUAAUUUGUAAAUGCGAUAUUUUAUAUGUUUAUUCUCUGAGACUGAUGUUUAAUUUGGUGUGAUUUGUUUGGCGAAAUCCAAUGAAUGAAUAAAUGAAUAGACAUUCUCUGCUUAUAGAGGAGAACCAGUUAUCGUUCUCUUUUCACAAUCAGCUUCAAUUACUUGUGCUGUAGGGUGUAUUCAUCAUCAUCAUCAUCUUCGUCAUCAUCACCAUCAUCUGUCUAGUCAUAAACUUUUACAGUUAUCAAAGCUGCCAGCUGGUGUUAAUGUGAGUAGAUGUAUGAGAGAGUUCAGCGCAUUUGCAGAACUCUUUACCGAUCAUUCAUUCCUGCCUGUAUCUCUCUUUCCUGUCUUAAAUCAUUUCAGAUGAUGGGUGGAAAUUUGGAAGUGAAAGUACUGAAGGUAUGAAGCACCCAACAGCUUUGCAGUUGACCGUUAUUCUUAGUUAAAUACAUAUGUAUCUAUCCAUUCAUAAUUUCUGUGUAUUUACAUAUGUGAUGGACAAAAUAAAAUUAUU